AGAUGUGGCGCACGAAUCCUAUCCGGGAAGGCGUGGCACAUUGCACUGCCGCAUUAUUUUUAAAGCUUCACGUGGCCUCACUAACAAAAAGCAGCAGAAGCAGCAGAGGAGGAAGAAGAAAAAGAAGAAAAAGAAGAAGAAGAGGAGGAAGUAGACUCUUUUCUAGAAGCUCAUUCUAUUCACUCGCUUUUUACCUAUUACUUUCUUUCUUACUUUUUUUUCUAUUGUUACCAUUGCUUCAAAAUGACAAAGGACAAACAGCAGCAUUUCUCAAACACUAACACUGAUAACACCGAUAACACUGAUAAUCAGGUUACACUUUAUGACUCUAGAAUUUGGGUUGAUGGGUGUUUUGAUUUCACUCACCAUGGCCAUGCUGGUGCCAUGUUGCAAGCUAAACGAUUGGGCACUGAGUUGUAUGUUGGGAUUCAUUCUGACGAGGACAUCUUGUUGAAUAAAGGGCCCACUGUCAUGAGCUUAGAUGAAAGAAUCACUGCUGUUAAUUGUUGUAAAUGGUGCAACCAGAUCGUUCCCUAUGCUCCCUAUGUAACUGAUCCAAAGGUUCUAGAUGAAUACCAUUGUAAAUAUGUGGUUCAUGGGGACGACAUAACAACUGAUGCUAAUGGUAAAGACUGUUAUCAGGUUUGUAAAGAUCUAGGUCGUUUCUUGGUUGUUAAAAGAACUCCAAAUAUUUCAACGACCGAUCUAGUUGGUAGAAUGUUAUUGUUCUCAAAAUCCCACUUUAUUUCAACUUUGACUUCAAAUGACUUGAUUUCUUUUCAUAAUAAUAAUAAUAAGAAAAAUAUCACCAAUUCAAUCACUAAUCAGCUUUUAACCCAGGAAAGUUACUUGAAAUUCAAAGAUUAUGCUACUUGCGAAAAUGGCUUGGAUCCUGGUUCCUUAGUAUAUAUAUAUACAAAUGACAAUAAAAAAAUUAAUGAUUUCAUUGAUCCAUCUCUGGAAAUCCAAAGCAAAAUCAACAAUAAUGGAAUUUAUUAUAUUGAUGGCGGCUUUGAUUUAUUUCAAUCUGGUCAGAUUGAAGCCUUGAAAAUCGUUUAUAAUCAGGCUAGUUCUCUCAAUAUCCCAGUAAUUGUUGGAAUUAAUGAUGACACCUCAAUUAAUAAAAACAAGGGUUUAAAUUAUCCAAUUAUGAAUUUGUUUGAAAGAUCUCUAUGCGUUUUACAAUGCAAAUACAUUAAUGGUAUCAUAUUAGGAGCCCCUUAUAUUCCAAAUUCUGCUUUUAUCAAUCUUUUAUCACAAAAGAUCAACAACAAAGUCUGGAAAGUGUUCCAUGGACCUACCAGUGAAUUUGCUUUGUCUAAUAAUGAAAGCUCGGAAAACCUUGAUAAAAAGGUUUUGCUCAGCAAUGAUCCAUAUUAUGAUUGUAAAAAAAUGGGUAUUUAUCAAAACAUCGGUAGUCAUAAAUAUGACAAUGUUUCAACCGAAGCAAUUGUUAAAAGAGUCUUGGACAAUAGAUUAGCAUAUGAAGAAAGACAAAGGAAAAAAGGUUGGAAAAGUGAAAUUGAGAGAAAAUUAGAAUCCGAUGAGAAAAAUAAGCUUAAUCAAGCUAGUAAAUAUUAAUUUAUUUAACAUUGUAAUAUCUUAAUAUCUCGCCAUCUCAAUGAUUUUUGUUUGCUUCUGAUUCAGUUUGAUUUUUUGAUUUUUUUGAGAUUUAUAUUUCUUUUGUGUUUAAUUAAUUUUUGAAUUUUUUGAAUUUUUGUGUGAAU